AUGGCGGAACUCACAUCAGCUGGACAUUCAAUAUUUUGUGGCAAUUCUUAUGAAUUAGCGAUUGUGAGUUUUGGAAUAGAAGUGAAUGUUGAAUAUAAAUGGAAACAUUGUGAGUAUGAAUGGGAAAAUCAGCUGCAGCAGAAAAAUGCUAUAAAUUCGGGCUCUUUUGAUCCUUACUUAUGCCCUUUCUUUGAUGCGGCUAAAGCAGACGGUAAGUUGAGAAUAUUCUUCGAUUUAAAAGAUGAUACGUUAGUUAAAACCAUUUACAUUCCACUUGAUAUGGCUACUGACAAAAAGGGUGAUGGAUUAUUAGUAGCGCCUAUCACAUAUAUUCCCGGCGAAUGCACACAAUUUCUGGAUAAAAUGAUCCUUUUUACAUAUAAAUAUUUGCAGAUACUUAUGGCUGAUUCGAGAGGUAACGGAGGAGGUUUAGUGAUAUAUGACUCAUCUACAAAACGUAUGUGCAGAGUCGAAUCUGAUUAUAUGAAACCGAUUCAUAUCAAUUUCAAUAUAAAUGGCAAUAAUUUUACUUUUAUAAAUGGUAUCUUCGGUAUGACAAUCCUGCACGAUGAACUUUAUUAUGCUGUUGUAUCGGGAAUGGAAAUACAUAAGAUGAAAAUAGAUGCGCUACUAGAAUGUCCUAAUAAAGAAGAGGCUAAUAAACUAACUAAAUCCGUGGUUAAAUUAACAAGCCAAACAGCGGAUCUCGCAGCAGCCGGAAAUUCAAUAUUUUAUGGCGAUUCUUAUGGAUUGGGUGUAUUAGGAACAAAAGUUUCUGACGAAUCUGAUAAAAACACGGUGCUACUAGCGCAAGAUAACGAAAUCUUUCAAGCAAUAACUUCGACAAAAUCUUCAUAUUAUUGGAAUCAGCUAACGGGCCUAUCAAAUAAAUUUCAACAUAUGGUUCAAAAGACUUUCAGUUUAGAUGAAAUAAACUUCCAUUAUUUUGAAAUAGAUUUAGCAGAAAUGCAGAAGAAGAUGGAUUCGAUUCCUUGA